CUUCCUCUUGAGCCUUCAUUGUCAAGGACUUUAAUUGAGGCAAAUGAAUUAGGAUGUUUGUCUCAAGCAUUAACUGUUGUUGCAAUGCUGUCAGCUGAAAUCACACACUGUCCUAUUCAGAGGAACACCAAGGAUAAGAAGAGAAAACAAGUUUUACAGCUUCCUGAUGGUUCUUACUGGGGUGAUCCCAUACUAUUACUUCAAAUAUAUGAAAGUUGGGAUCGAUCUGAUUAUGAUCCAGAUUGGUGCAUUGAACAGAACUUGCAGGUACGUAACAUGAAGUUUGCCAAGGAUGUUAGGAAGCAAUUAUCUCUGAUAAUGAAGAAGAUAUCUAAAGGUACCGUGGAUAUACAAUCAAGUUUGAGGCAUAAAAUAGUUGAGCAAGACUACCGAGGUUUGCGGAGAGCCUUGUGCAGGGGUUAUGGAAACCAGCUUGCAGAAAGAAUGCUUCAUCACAAUGGCUUCCGAACACUUGGUUACAGGUCACAGCUUGUUCAGGUAUCUACCACCACUAAAGCAGAUGGAAUUUGCCAUUCAUGCCUACGCAGACUUGAAUAUUUAUUUUAAUAUAUUCUGUAAAAA